AGGCGCGCCGAGGGAGGCGGCGCGGCGGGCGGACGCGCGCAGCGGACCCGCUCCGAGCCCGGCGCGCGCCACCCCGCGGGACUCCGAGCGCGUGCACGCCGGCUGCUCCUGGCUGCUGCCGGCCAGCCCCUGGCCAGCCAGCCGGCGUCUCCGAGGCCCCCACCCCCGAGCCACCCCCCCCCCACCCCAGCCCCGAUGGCUCCCGAAUCCCCGGCCCAGGCGCCCGGCCCGCGCUACUUCACCUGGGACGAGGUGGCGCAGCGCUCCGGGCGCGAGAAGGAGAAAUGGCUGGUGAUCGACCGCAAAGUGUACGACAUCAGCGAGUUCGUCCGCCGCCACCCGGGGGGCUCCCGGGUCAUCAGCCACUACGCGGGCCAGGACGCCUCGGAACCUUUCGCGGCCUUCCACAUCAACCAAGGCCUGGUGCGCAAGUACCUGAACACCCUCCUGAUCGGGGAGCUGGCCCCGGACCAGCCCACCCUGGAGCCCAACAAGAAUAAAGCCCUGUUGGAGGAGUUUCGCGAGCUGCGGGCCAACGUGGAGCGGAUGGGGCUCCUGAAGGCGAACCCCGUCUUCUUCCUGCUGCACCUGCUACACAUCCUGCUGAUGGACGUGGCCGCCUGGCUCACGCUGUGGUUCUUCGGCACGUCCCUCGUGCCCUUCCUGCUCUGCGCAGUGCUCCUGAGCGCCGUGCAGGCCCAGGCCGGCUGGCUGCAGCACGACUUCGGCCACCUGUCCGUCUUCCCCACGCCCGCGUGGAACCACUUGCUGCACCAGUUCGUGAUGGGCCAGCUGAAGGGGGCCCCGGCCAGCUGGUGGAACCACCUGCACUUCCAGCACCACGCCAAGCCCAACUGCUUCCGCAAAGACCCGGAUGUCAACAUGCACCCUUUGUUCUUUGCCCUGGGGAAGGUCCUGUCUGUGGAGCUUGGGAAGCAGAAGAAGAAGUACAUGCCGUACAACCACCAGCACAAAUACUUCUUCCUGAUCGGGCCCCCCGCCCUGCUGCCCCUCUACUUCCAGUGGUACAUCUUCUACUUCGUCGUGCAGCGGAAGAAGUGGGUGGACCUGGCCUGGAUGCUCACCUUCUACGUCCGCAUUUCCUUCACCUACAUUCCCCUGCUGGGCGUCAGCGGCUUCCUGGGCCUCUUCCUCCUGGUCAGGUUCCUGGAGAGCAACUGGUUCGUGUGGGUGACGCAGAUGAACCACAUCCCCAUGCACAUCGACCGAGACCAGAACAAGGACUGGGUGUCCCUGCAGCUCCAGGCCACGUGCAAUGUCCACAAAUCCGCCUUCAAUGACUGGUUCAGCGGGCACCUCAACUUCCAGAUUGAGCACCACCUGUUCCCCACGAUGCCCCGACACAACUACCACAAGGUGGCCCCGCUGGUCCAGUCCCUGUGUGCCAAGCACGGCGUCACGUACACGUCCAAGCCCCUGUUCGUGGCCUUCGCCGACAUCGUCCACUCGCUGAGGGAGUCCGGGCAGCUGUGGCUAGACGCCUAUCUCCACCAGUGACCACAGCGCCCCCACCUGGACGAGCCCGGGACUCGGCCGAGGGGCGCUUCACACACCACCAGCACCGUCCAGGGGAGGGGCGCUCGGGGGGCCACAGACCCCCCACCUCCUGCCUUUAUCUUCUAGGCCCAGCACUUAGGGCGGGCCGGACACCCGGCAGCCCCCACGCAAGGGGCGGGGCCGGGGAGGGAGUUUCUAGGGUUUUCUUUCUAGUGGGUAGAGGAAAUUGGGUACCAGGAGCAGGACGGGCUGAGGACCGGGAGCAACCACUGGGCCCAGCAACCAGGAGAUUCUGCUGUAAAAUCCCCGCCCCUCCCCCCCAGGUCUGCAGUGCACCCGUCCCACGCGUGGCCCCCUGUGGAGUGAGAUCAGAAGGGAGGGGCCAAUGCCAGCACCCCGGUGUCUUGGGCUCCUGGGGCAGCAUCCGGGCCAAGGUUCGUGCUGGCACUUCCGGGAUAUUCGGCCCCGAAGGAUCCUUGCGCUGAAACUCGGGCCUCCUGUGCUCAAAAGGCCCGAGCAAGCACGAGGCAGGAGGCUCUGCCGAAGAGCCGGUCCUGGCCAUCCACUGGCAGGGGAGGGAAAAUCUUCGGGGGCCAAAGAGAUAGUUCAGUGGUUAGGGUGCUUUGCUUGCGUGCAGUUGAUCUGGGUUUGAUUCCUGGCACCACAUAUGGUCCCCCGAACUCUGCCAGGAGUAAGCCCUGAGCACAGCCAAGUGUGGCCCCCAAAACAAACAAACAAACAAAUAACUCUCCAGGAGCUGGAGAUGUGGCACCAGGCACUGGCCUUGUAUCUGCCCGAGCCCACGUGUGUCCUCUGCACACUGUCCAGUGACACCAGACGGGUAAGCCCCGAGCACAGCCGAAGAACGGGACUAAACCGGAGUGUCUGGUGCGCUCCCGAGACGAGAGCCCUCUCCUAGCCUGCCGCCCAGAAGGAAAGCUCCCCCCUCUUCCUGCCUGCCAUUCUGCCUUAAAAACAAGAAACUGAGGGGCCGGAGCGACAGCACAGCGGGCAGGGCAUUUGCCUUGCACGCGGCCGACCCAGGUUUGAUCCCAGCAUCCCCUAUGGUCCCCUGAGCACUGCCAGGGGUAAUUCCUGAGUGCAGAGCCAGGAGUAAACCCCCUGAGCAUCACCCGGUGUGACCCAAAAAGGGAAAAAAGAAAAGAAAACAAGAGGUGGAGCUGGGAAAUGCUGAAAUAGGCGGGGAAACUCGGGCCCUGAGGCAGUUUCUAGAACCCAAAUCCUGUGACGGGACCAUUUUGAACACCAGUGGAGGAUGAAACAUACCCAGAGGUGUGGGGGGCUGGGGGGGUCUUGUAGCUUCGUUUUUGAGCCGUGCCGGGUGGGGGUCAGGGAUCGCUCCUGGGGGUGGAUGCAGGGAGUGAACCCGGAUCAGCCAGAAGCAGGAAGGAGGGGCCGCCAGGCCUGGCUCCCCACCUGGCGGGGGGGAGGGGUGUGUGUGCUGAGAGCAGGAAGAAGCAGGGCCUCGGGUGAGAUCACGUGGUGUGAGAGUAGCCAGGGCGUUGGCAUGUGUUGGCAUGGCUUCACGGCAACCCCCGGGGGAAAAGCUGUUGGGAUUACAGGCUUGUCCAGACACACGGGGCGGGGGAGGGAGACAGAAGGUGGGAAAUGGGUGGCUAAAGGAAUGAAGUGCUUGGCCCCGUGCCCUGGAGAGCCUGGUUUGCAGCAGCCCGGGUGGGAGUGCUCCCUCUGGGGUGUUCCUCCACCCCCACCCCCGUCUUGUCAUCUCCCAACAUCCCGUCACAGUCCCGAGCUGUGGGCCCGGGUUGACCAAUCGGAGCAAAGCCAGAGAGGCUGACGGGGCCAGGUACCACCUUUGACGACUUGCCGCCCACGGUUCAGCCAGUUGCCGUAUUGGCGGGAUACCAGUGGCGUUGCGGCCGUCCCUGGCGGUGACACGGGGCUCUCCGUGCCAACCGCGGACAGACGACCAGCUCGGAACGGACGCUCCGAGCCACAGGUCCCGGCAGGACUCUCGCUUGUAUCCGCUUCCUGAAUAUCCUGCUCUGUAUCUGGGUGGUUUGGGGUCUGCCUACGUCCCCGGAGGCUUGUUUUCUUUCGCCCUCGGUCCAUGUUGCAUUUCUGCCAGGUGCCAACUUUGUUACGACUCGAUGAAGUAAAAUAGAAAAGCUGCA